GUCGAUAUCACUAAGCCUUGUCAAAUGGGUCCCCCAAAUAGCGAAGAAAUCAGCUCAGCUCGCAUCCCACACCGAACAAAACACCAGCGAACUCUACCACCCAAGCUCAUCCAAAUAUCUCCACCCUGCAUCUCCGACGGACGAGCCUCUCCCCUCACAACUUACCAAUUGCUUAUCCCCUCUCCUCACGCCGACAGCCCCCACCUCCUCCCCAUCGAGGCGUGUGCCGUCGCCUCCUUACAAGCUACCCACAAACCACCAAAAGUGUAUGCUGCUGCCUCCCCUGCAUUAGCUCUUACACACAACCCAUUCCCAAAUAGAUCAAUUAAGCUUUAA